UAAUAAUUGUUUUCAUUAAACCAUUCGUGUUCUCGUGAUAAAAGUCACUACAAUAUCAUUGAAGAUUGGUCCUACAUCGUACAUCAUCACGAUGGUAUCGUUUUCGUUACUUGAAAGAUUGAUGUUAUCAGACAGCGUGACUGAGCUCUAGAAAUGUCUUGAUUUGACCGCUUAUGCAAAACUUUACGAGUAGUCGGGGCGACGCACCAAUCAUUUUACGAUGGUUUGACCUUCAAGUGCACAGCAACCUCCGACAGAAGACGAUACUCCUAAAGCGUUGCCUUUCAACUAUCUUUGUGGCGUCACACCACUUUGAUGAGUGUAGGUAGGUGGCUAUCUGUCAUCGCCUCGACAAAAACAACAUAAUAUUCGCCUUCGGGAUUAUCAAGGCACCUAAAAUAUACCUUACCAUUCAAGGCGGUUCAAAACUGAGUACUGUUUUAGAAUAUAUUCUAAAACAGUAGCUAUAGCUACCAAAUGUAAUACAGCAAUUCUCGUAUGGUGUUUGUGCCAGCCAAGCCCAUUUUUUCACUAUACAAUUGUAUAGUGAGGCACUUAAGUGUCUCAUAUCCCAUGUGUUCAUAGAAAUCCGUAAAUAACCUCGACUUCAAAGAUGAUAGUUGUUUAUACACGGUGAACGACUGGGUGAUUUCAUAUUCACCCAGGUUGGCUGCACUUAUAAAGUAGCUACACCAACUAGUUUGUGUUCGUAAACAUAACCAUUUACCAUGUUAGUUUUCUUGGGGGUGAUCUCAUAUUUUCAACAUUCAGCACCUAAGUUUGUUUUUUCUCUAAUGUCCACAUACACCGAUCGAAAGAAUGUUUCUUUUCAGUUACCGAUAUUACUCCACCGUGGCAAUUCCUUUUACGAAGCUAGUUGAGAACAUUCUAUCCAACUGAGUCAGAAAAUCUAUGUUGACAUUAUGUUUAGAUGCGUGUCUGUCAGCACUUGAUGAGGAACCGGGGGAGUACUACAUAGUUGGUUUUAAAGGUUCAUGCUACUAUUAUCAUUAUGGUGCUCAAGGUGUGAAUGACCAAGGCUGGGGCUGUGGUUACAGAACACUGCAAACCACUUUAUCUUGGUACAAGCUCACGAAAUCCUGUCCUUUCGAUGUACCUACUUUACUUGAAGUUCAAAAUAUAUUGCAUGAAAUUGGGGACAAGCCUAGAGCUUUUGUAGGCUCUCAUGAUUGGAUUGGAACAUACGAAUGUGGAUUAGUAAUACAAUACGUGACAAAGCAUGAUUUUAAGAUAAUACGUGUGAAAAAUGGCCUUUUUACGGAGGAAAUCAUCAAAUUGCUUGUUGAUCAUUUUCAAGUACACGGAUCACCAGUCAUGCUCGGAGGAUACGACGACAGUUCAUCAAAAGGAAUCAUUGCAGUAAAAACGUUUCCUGAUCAGCCAACAAUGUUGCUAAUUUGUAUCUCGUUUGUGUUACGAACAUGUGUGUAGAUUAAGAUUGAUACCCGACAAUUAAACCAAUACCUAAAAUCUUUGACUCAACAGUCUAACACUUUGUAAACUAAAUAGUUUAAACCACUCAUUAAUUAAUAAAAUUAUUCAUUAUCAACCAUAUUCAUCUUACACUUGAACAUAAAUAUAAGAGGAAGUGAAUGGUGCAAAACACUACCAGACUAUACACAAAAGUGUAUAUACUACUUAAGUGAAUCCAAGGCGCAGCACCAGUGCAGGCUAAAAUUCCAUUUGCUUUUAAAUAUGGCGAAAUGCUCCCAAUACUACCAAUGAAUUUGUAUACACAAACCCAAACAGCGAUGAAAGCUUUUGUAAACCUGAAUUCGAAGUCCCAAAUGUGGUUCUUCAAGUUUUGUUUGUGGAUUUUAAACAUUAGUGUUUCCUAAGUUAUCAGCAUGGAAGUCUGAAAUCCACAUCUAUUAACCUAAUGAGAAACUAAGAGUGAAAACAUAUCAACGAUCAAGGCGACUACAACCAACCAAUACGCUGCAACUUGGUAUCACGUAGUGAGGCGUGAUAUACUAUUACAUACAUGAAAUAGUUGAAUCUAAAUGACGAUUUAAUUUCGCUUUAGUAAUUAUAUCCUGUGCAUUUAUCAAGUGUGAUGUCUAUAGAGUAAAUGUGACCUAAAGACCGAUUCUUUUACUGUUUUUAAGGAUCCCCACUGUUUUGAAAUACAUGGCAGCCCAACUAUCGCUAAAUUGUGCAAAGGAAAGUGGUUACGAUGGUGCAAAGUUACUGAAUUAUCAGAAAGACACUUUUAUAAUUUGUGUUUGCCUUUAUGAACAAAUACAUUUAUUUUAUAAGACGGA